AUGUCACCUUUUACACUGGGUACCAGAAAUCUUCUUGAGAGGCAGCUAUACCAAUUCCUGAGCGCCACGUACAAGACAUUGCCUAACCACCUUCUAUUUUCCUCAUUGCGGCUUGGCGGGAAUGGUCACCGUCUAUCUUCUGAGAAAUCCACGCCACAAGUUUGCAUGAAAAACAGACCCUUUCAACUUCGAAAAAGAUGGCUAUCGUUCUCAUCAUCUCUCGCCAUGAUCGGUCUCCCGGACUCUAAACGUACUCCAUGGAUGGACUUUAAUUCAAACCCAGCCGAUGUGAUCGAGAAGCACAUGCUCAAUCGGGGCUGCAGGAUCUGGGGCCUAGUCAUCUACCGUUGCACCUAUAAAAGUGACGCCGAUUGGGAGGAACUCAUGUCUCGUCUUCUCUAUAAAGUAAGAAGUCCACUGGAGGAAUAUUACGAUGGCCUGGAUAUACUCGAUUCCUUUAGACCGACUGUGAUGGACGAUAGGACGCGGUUCGAUGGGGCAACGCCGGACAAUAUACGGGAUCAUUUCAACGAGUGGGCGCCUAUGGCGUCUGAAACCGAGCAAGGGAUUUCAUCUACGGAUUUCGGGUAUGACUUCAUAGCACGGUACAGAUUCUGCAUCAUGGUGGACGAGGAGGCCUUGCGCUCUGUUCUGGCUAUUCCACGCCAAGAUCUGGAUGGCGAUAACAGGACCGGCUUUGUGAUGCUCGUGAAUAGCAGGCACUUCAAAGAGCGAGCUAGUAUAGAGGAAUCCAAUGAAAAGAUAGAGGAUGAUGAUUGUGAGCCAUUGUAUGGCUGUACGUGGGAGGAUGUCGGCUGGAUGAAGGUUUGGAAGUUGAACCGAAUUAAAUCAAACAUCACGUGCUGUCAGUAUGUCCAAAUUCACAGCAUUCAAGCCCCUGCAAAGGCACAAGAUUCCAAUCGUAAUGCACUUAGGUUGCGCAUUGCUUAUUGA